GCCCCUUGAGGCGGCCGGGGCCGCCUUCCCGCGGCGGCGAGGUCCGGGAGAAGAUGGCGGCGGCCGCCGGCUGGGCCCUGCUGGGCCUGGCGCUGUGGCUGUGCGCGGCGGCCGGGGCCGGCGAGCCGGAGGGGAAGCGGCGAGCGGGGCCGGCCAAGAAGAAGGACAUUCGGGACUACAACGACGCGGACAUGGCUCGGCUGCUGGAGCAGUGGGAGAAAGAUGACGACAUUGAAGAAGGGGAUCUUCCCGAACACAAGAGGCCUCCAGCACCAAUAGAUUUCUCAAAAAUUGAUCCAGGCAAGCCUGAAAGUAUCCUGAAGCUGACGAAAAAGGGGAAGACUUUGAUGAUGUUUGUCACAGUGUCGGGAAAUCCCACAGAAAAGGAGACUGAAGAAAUUACUAGCUUGUGGCAGGGCAGUCUCUUCAAUGCAAACUAUGACGUGCAAAGGUUUAUCGUUGGCUCAAAUCGUGCCAUCUUUAUGUUACGUGAUGGCGGUUACGCCUGGGAGAUCAAAGACUUUCUGAUAAACCAAGAAAGGUGUGCGGAUGUUACUCUGGAAGGUCAGGUUUAUCCUGGCAAAGGAGCAGAAGAAAAUGAGAAAGUGAAAAACAAAACAAAACCUGAAAAAGCAAAGAAGAAAAAAGAUGCAGACAAGAAAUCUAAUAGCAUCAAAGAGGACAACCGAGCAACCAAACAGAGAGAGGAUCUAUGACAGACGCGUUAACCAGACUGAAUGCUGCUCUGCUGUUCCUUGGAGGGAAACUAAUUUUCCAUACAAUUUCUGGCUUUACUGGGGGGGAAGGAAGGAAGCAGAGGUUACUGAGGUUAAGAGACUUCUAUGUUGAAAUACACCAGUUUACUUAUUAAUAUUGGCCAUUUGUUUAGUUACAGGAAAGGUAAUGUUUAAUACCAGCGAUUGACUACUUUAGUUUGUAAUUUUUUAUGCUUUCGUUGUUGUUUAAAAUAAACAUACAAAUCUGUGUGUCUAACAUCACAAGCUUAAUUUAAAUGGAAAAGAAGAAAUACAGUCUCAGAAUACGCCGAUGUUCAUCUGUAGUAGCCGCAUCCAUCUUGGGUAUGCAAGUUGGUUGUUGAUUCAUAGAUGCUGUUAGAUAGCAGAGUACAGUGCUAAAAGAUUCUCUUGGAAGCCAGUUUGCUAGAUUCAGUUGGCAAAACUGCCUAAAAUUGCAAAGAAUAGUGUUACAGUGGCCAAAGAUGCCUGAAAUUACGGCGUUUAGGAUGUGUCUGGUUAGACUGCCUGUUUCUUUAUAAAAUAAACAGAACUGAUUCUGUAUGUCCCCAGAAAUCCACAGAAGUUCUUAGAAGCAUGGUGGAAGAAGCUAAGGCACGUACUGUGCUGAUGCACUCCAAAUCAGUGCAGAAAGGAGGUUCUGUACCCAUCAGAAGUGAUGAUGGGAUGUUAAUGAAUUAUAGCACCUGUGUGAGCAGUGCGGGGGUGAAAGGAAAAGUCAAAUUCAUGCCAUUCAGAUUGCUGUUGCUGCCAAAGAACUGUGCCUGUGGAAGGGAAUGUUAUGUAUGCCCCGUUAUCUAGACAGUGAGCUAGAAGAAAUAGCUUUAACUCUGAAAUGAAUUCAUUUUACUGGUUUAAGGUUUUGUUUAAAUCUCUGAAAAAGCACUAGUUACAGUACAGAGUUAAACUUUGAGUUAGACAUAUCACUGAUGUUUAAUAACCAGCUCAUGUUCGGGGGGUUUUUUGGGUACGGAUUCCUGACUGACGUGGUUGAUUGUAAAUGAACAUUUGAUUUAAAUACUAUGAAGUUUGACGUAUGGGAGCAAAUGUGAUUUCUCUUUGAAAGACUUUGUAUAACUGGGAGGGUUUUGUUAUUAUUCAGUUAAAUCCAUUGCUUAGAAUUGUUUCCCUUCUGCCUUACUGUCUGUUAAGGACUAAAUGCACCUAGUAUGUAUGGUCCACAUCAUUUUCCAGGGGAUGAGCACAGUAUUAACUGUCUUCAUUCGUUACUACUAAGAUGUUACUUUGACUCUUUAUUUAAGGUGCUAAAAUCCAAGUGUUUUGGAUAAAAGGUCCCAACUGAACCAUAAUGGUUGAUCUUGUGGAAUACUUCAGUAUCAAAAGUGGGAGGCUGUGACUUACUGAGUGCUUGUUUUAAAAUAAAAGAUGUCACUAAACUUACUGUCUCACUGAGUAGUAAAAACCUUUUAAAUAAUUAUACGUUUAGUUAGGUAUUCGAGAGACAGACUAACUUGUCUUUGGUUUCUGUACAUGAGGACUAAAUGAUGUUGAUGAAGGUUCCAGGUGAUCAGUUUAUUUAAUUUUAAUUAAAUUUGUAUAAAUUUAGGAUUAAAGAAACCUUUCCAGCCACACUUCAUUAAACAGGUCUGUGCCUGUUUGUCUGAGUGGAAAAGUGAAAAUCAUGUGUUUCUUCAGGUUUAACUGUAUUACUUCUAUAUGCUACUGUUAACCCAAACGUGUAGUGGAGUUGAGGAGAGUCUCUGUAGAUACUUGGAUAUCGCAUUGCAUUGAGGAGAGAUGUGCAGUCCAUUUCUUGUCCAGAACUAAUUUAUCAUUUUGUCAAGUGUUCUGGGUUUGUACUUCCCCUUUUUUUUUUAAAGAAUAUUGCUUUUCAUCUCAGGAGAUGAACAGAGGUCAGAUGACACUAUAAAUAUGAAAUAUUAAUGUGUUUUUUCGUUUUACAACUUAAAUCUAUGGUAUAGAGAUGACAAUUCAGAUUAUGAUGAGAAAUGUGGCAAUGCAGUUUCUGUAGUUUUCCUAAUGUUAUAAAACAUAAACAUGAUUUCUUUUUUGAUCAAAUUGGGUUCUUCCUGAGUUAAAUAAUGAAGCAAUGUGAAACAGUAUACAAAUAAUACAAAAGCAAAUUAGCCAAGGAGGAGAAACAAUUACUACACUGUAGCUAUAGCCCAGCUUUUGAGAACAGAUACUUGUUUUAGUCAUUCAUAAAUCUACGUUUAUAGUAGCUUGGGUCUUUUCCCUUUAUAGUUAAAAGGAGGGGGGACGGCUUUGUUGAAAUUCAGCCAGCCAAUUGACUGUGGGUUUUGUUUGGUUGUUUUGAGUCAUUAAGUUGCCUGUGCCAAAUGCAGGCAUGUUUUGUGCCACAUAACUUAUUUAAAUUUUAAAGUGUUUGGAGUUUUUUUAGGUUUUUAAUAGGAGUAAUGACCUGAGGGUUGCUUUUGAUAUAAAAUACAAAACACUGCCUUCAAGUAGCUUUUCUGUCUUCCACUUUUCUUCUCCCUUUUUCAUGCUUUACACUCAAAAAAUAAUUAAAUACGCUAGUAACUAUAACGUGGCAGUCUGGCAGGAACUUCUUCAUCAGCCAGUCUUUGGUAUCGCAGUUCAUAACUCUACUCCAAAACAACUUACAUUCUCUUUUAAAACCAAUAAGUCUUUGAGACCCUAGCACUUGUCCUGGUACAGCGUUGCGUAAGCAGAUGUUAUUUGGUAAUGAUGUAAGAGGCCCGAACACUAUACCACUUUUUUGGUAUAUAUAUGUGUAUAUAAAAAAAGAUCUUCAAAAAGUUACUUAAGGUCAUUAAUGUUCUGUAAGUACCCCAGCAGAUGUUGGAUUUUGAAUUUGAGUCUCAUCAGGCUUCCAGUAACAGAUUUUUGGCUCUACCUACAGGCAAUUCAGAUAGAGCCUUUAAAACUAAUUUCAACAAGUAGAGUGGUGAUUAUAGCUCUUAUUAUUUCCCUAUUUUUUCAGUACUAAACAGAGGUAUGUGGAAAAUCAUCUGCUUUCCUGACAGCUAAACGUCUGCUGUAUUUCUCCACUCAGCUUAGUGGUUUCUCUGUUCUAGUGCCAUAAGUAAGUUUUCUAAGUUGCCAUUAUAUUUUUAACCCAGCUGUCCUCAGAAAAAAACACUUUGUCAAUGAUACUACAUGAGAUGUGGUUGCACUAUGUGACAAAUUUUCAAUGGACAAUCAAUUUUUUAUGUAAUAAAAUACUGGAACAAAUA